AUGGCCGAGCUAUAUCAGUGCAUUCCCAAGGCUUUGCAUAAACCGAUGGAGACCUACCCACAGUUUGGAUCAGUGUUUCGCGCUGCAGUUAGUUCCAAGAGGUCAAACAUACUGCAUAGUCUCAAGGACUGCACUGGUCUUAUCUUCUCUACUUUAAAACUCGACCCGACUGUCUUCACUGACGAGCCUGCCAAAAAGAAGGAGAAUGCGCAACUUCUCACUCUUUUAAAGAAGGAUGUCGGUGCAGAAAAGUAUACACGUCUAGCCCCCAUUCUGUUCAUGGAUCCUUCUGCUCUCGUUCCAGACAACUUCCUCAAAACACCAGUCAUGGCCAAGGUGCGCGACGUUUUCAGCUUGCUGUCGAGCAGUACAUUAAUACUAACUCCAUCCCUCAGAUCAUCCGAGUCGAAAUCUUCGGGAAGGCUUUCACUGUCUGGGAAGACCAAAGGACAUCCGAAGGCCAGGGGUCAGCGUUGGUCUACGCAGUGUGUCACGGAAGGUCUGAUUGCAGGUGCUGCUAUUGUGGCGCGUUUUUUGUUAACACAUGAUCAAGAGCUCACUGCAACCGGACCAGCCACGAAAAUUGACUAUGCACAAGACUUUGAUUUUUACUUGGAGCGACUAUUCAAGCGCAGCCCAUGGGCUACGAGUGUGAUCAACUAUUACAACCAGGAGGUUUUCGGCACGAGCUCAGUCCUAGCUACUAGUGGUACUGCUACUCUACCCUCUGCUUCCCAACCUCACACCUGGGAAGACGACUUCUUACAGCAGUUAGAAGAUCCUGCCUCCGCACCACAACUUCCGUCAUCGACAUCUUCACACAUUACUUAUGCUCCGACAUCUAUGUCUAUCAGCAAUCCAGGAGGGCCUGCCACCACCAUGCAACUCCAACUCGAAGUUGACAUUGGUCAGCUGUCGCUCGAUGCCGCUAGAACUGACUUGCCACCAUCCGCAUCUUCUGGCAAGGGUGGUAGGGUGUCUGCAGCUCAACGUCGAGCUAUUGCUCAGGCUGCUCAGACUCCCGUGGACUCAGAUGUGGUCCCUGUCAUUCCUUUGGCUCCUCCUCCAGCAGUCAAGCGGUGUUACACGCAAUGGUGGUGCCAAAACGACAGCGAGGAAGGCGUCAGGGAGAAAGUAGUUACUUAA